CACACGUCUUGUUUGCCUGCCGGAGUGUCUGUUCAGCUCAAGUGUAGUCUCUGAAACGUAUGUAUGCGGUUAGUUGUUUGCCUGAUGGCUCGUCCGUGACUCGGAUGAAUAGUGAGCUUUGAGUAGUUGGCAGUGUUGAUGUGGGACUUGGCAUUAAAGCCUCACAACUAAAUACAGUCACAGGGGAAUCCUACAGCUCGAACGAGAUCGCAGUCACUCCGUCCUCACCGGACGAAAUGUCAAUAGGGUUAGGUCGGUAUGCAUCUUUCGGCAUGUCGGACCUUGAACAUGAGACCUUAAUGCUACUCACUCUGGCUUCUGUCCUGUUUCUCCCUUUUACUCUUUUCUUUGCUUUGAGAUGAGCGAUAACCACCCAACAUGGCGACAUAUCUCGAGUCCAAGCCAGGCUUUAUCGGCCUGCCCCAGAACUUUCUCCGCGCCGUCGGCUUGGGCAUCUUCACCAAGCUCGUCCAGCGCCCUGAGCCACCCAAGUUGCUCAUUCGAAAGUCGAGACGAGUUGCUUUGGCUCGAAGCGCUGUGCACAUUCUUCCCGCCACGAUAUCCAUCAUCUUGAUAUACAUCAAUCUUUCUGGGCGGUUCAUCGGGAGCGAACUUGAAGGACCGCAAGGAAAAGACAGCCUUAAGAUGGCGCUUUUGCAGGUUGCGGCCAAGCUACAGGAGCUGCUGGUGGUAGGAAGUAUGGGUACCAUUAUCUUCCACAUAAUUCGUCAAAGACUUUUUUCCAACGAUGGAAUUCCUCUCGGGUUGCUUGUCUCUGGCUGGUCGUUCAGCCAGCUUAGUUAUUUCUACUCCGGGGAGUUUUGGAGUGGCGUCUUGUCUCUGUUUCAGCCACCUUCUGGUCGCCUCAGAAGCCUGGCUUUGGUGCUGCUGUUACUAUUGAGUGGGAUCCUCGCCUUAAUGGCUGGCCCUGCGGCAGCUAUCAUCAUGAUACCGAGAAUCAUGGACCUGCCGGUUGGCGGAAGAACCGAAAACGACCUCUGGCCUAGCAUCCUCGACGGCUCAUAUCUCGCCGACUAUGACUGCUCUACUCCAGACAAGCAGCUAUAUGACCCCGCGUGCCCUUCUUCCAACUUUCUGCCUCUGCAUUAA